AUGGUUUUCCAUCGGCAGGAAAGUUCCAGUUACCACCGACCAUCUUCGGGAGGCGACGGCGAGCAGACGAGCUAUGGCGCCACACCCUCGUACUCCCCCGUCAGCAACUACAAUCCCUACAGCAGUAGCAGAAGCAGCAGCGGCGGCGGCGGCUAUAGCGGACGUGGCGUUACCUACCGUAGCCGUGACGGUUCCUACGCGUCGCAACCGUCGUAUUCCUCCUCCCAGAGCUACCAAGCUCCCGCGACAACUUACGAGGCUUCGGUCCCUACAUACCAGGCACCGGCACCUACAUACCAGCGACCGGCACCUACAUACCAGCCUUCGCCACCUACAUAUCAGGAAUCGGUCCCUACAUACGAGGCCCCAGCGCCGCGAUACGAGACCGCUACGUACGAGGCCCCAGCUCCGGUGUACCUCGACGUGCAGCCAAGCUACGGGCAGCAACAGCAGCAGCAGCAGCACAACGGCUACACGAAGAGUCCCGAAUAUUUCACAACGACGAAAUACGGUCCCAUCGAGAGCGGGGCUCUCAGAGGGCAAGGACAGAAAAGCAGCGCGGUAGAGUUCGCGAGGCAAGGGCAGGCUAGUGGCACGCUCUACUCCGCAGACACCGCAGAAGCCGCCGAGGCGGCAAAGAAAAGCCGAGGUUACGAGUAUCGGUACAGGGAAGGUCACACUACCACACAGCCGAAAACUUUUGUACAAUUACGACAUUACCGAGCCAAUCUGGGGGUUACAAAAGAUAAGGACGGCUACGGCAAUCGCCAACAUGGCGCAGAACGCCGUUACCAAUGA